UGGGUGUGGGUGCUGCGCAGCACUCCGACAGUGAAGCCGGAAAUCUAUCCCCCUUACGACAGCCGAUGGAGACAAAUGGGAUCCAAACAGAUGGAGGAGAAGGACGUGGGCUACCUAACCAAGCCCAUGAUAGAUGAUUCCAUCUUGCUGGACGACAAGCAGCACCUUCAAACCAUGUCGGAGUUGCACAAGCUGGGACAGACAGCGGAACUGGCCUUCCUGGAAAACAGAAGAGAGCGAGAGGAGGCUCAAAAGUCUACAGUCGCGGGCAGAUCGGAUGACAAGAUGGACUGCGAAGGGUUGGAAAGCAAGAUCAGUACUCAUAACAAGGAUACGAAGGGGGAAAACACGGAGGUAGACGCUAGUGACAAGUCCACUCGGGAGGAAGUGAAAGGGGGUGAUUCAACGACCUCCCUUAAGCGAAAAGUCAGCGAUAGGGAGUCAGGGCAAGGAGACAGUCUAAGUCAAGGGACCAAGCGCACACAAUCCGGGACGGGAUCAGGAGAAGCUCCUUCACAGGCCGAACAAGAUAAAAAAAUGGAAACGGAAGAAGAAGGACAGGGAGAUCACAGACCCUCUGGGGAGGAAAUGGACAUCUCAGAUCCACCAGCAGACACGCCAACCUCGCCCUCUACAGCCCAGCAGCAAGGACACAGCGACACCACAGGACGAAGCAACUCCAUGUCGAGCCAAUCCAGCCAAUCCACCCGAAGGAGAACAACGAAGAUUGUAGGAGAGGCAGUAGAAGGGGCAGAGGGGAUAGUAGAGGACUCGGGCGCAGAUUCCGAUAGCGAUGGGGACAGAGGGGAUGAAGACGGGGAAGACGAGGAGGAGGAAGAAGAACCGAAGACCUUAGUGCAGUGGAUCAGGGUAGUCCACAAACUCCAAUGGGAACGGCAUAUCGAAUGUGAGAUCCGUUUGGCCCAUCACAAACACCUGCGCAACCUAAAACAAGCCACAACCGCAGGGGAGCACAACAUCGCAUCGCUUCGAAAGACUGAAGAAAGAGCAGGAAGUCAAUGAGUUCUACGCAACUCAGUAUGGAUGGAAGGCCUGACCAGAGAAUAAUGACAUCACAGUACACAACUGGGACUAUGCCAAACAGUUUAUAUGGCCAAAGACUUACCAGCCACAGGGAUUAAAGAGAUCAGAUCAGAUGCGCAAAUCGCAGCAAGAAGCAACGGAGCGAGCGAACAGUAGUGCUCAUGAAUCAGUGGAUUCCCCACAAGCAGGAGGUGAAGAAGAGCAGGUGGAGGAGGAGAAGCGACAAGCAGCGAUUCUGGAAGCCCAAAUCAAUGUUCUCAAGGAUC